ACCCGCCCCUCCGGAGUACGGCUGCGCGGCGUUCCGGCCCGCCGCCCAGUUGCUGCGCCUGCGCAGUCUGCCCUGAUCUCCUCGUUCUUGUCAGUCAGCGCCUGUCUGUUGAGAGGGGCGGUCGCUUAUAACUGAGGUCCUUGUCGCUGGUUUAUUCCCCCCGCCCCCCGUCGCUUUCGCCGCUGCCGCCAUCGACGAAAUGGCUGAGCCCGCCACCCAGUCCCCGUAUAUUUCUUCAUCUGCUGGUGGUGGCUCCUCGGAGCCCGGAGGCCGAGACCUCAAGGGGGCAGGUUCCCCCCAGCCUUGCGCUGAUUCCUUUGUUUCUUCCUCUCAGCCUGUCUCUCUCUUUUCGACCUCACAAGCUGGAGCUCAAGCUGCUUUUUUAGCAUAUUCAGGAAACCAGAGGGAAAGAAAUGGCAAAUCCGCACCCUCAGAUGUAGGAAAAGAAUUCGUAGAUGGCCAAAGUCAGGACCACAUCUAUGGGACCAGUGAAGGUUUGGGAGCAGGGCCAGUCUCUGUAGGAUCCACUGGCCUAGAAGAGUCGUCUCUCUCUGCUGGAUCCAAAGUUCACACCUGUGACCCGGUGGUACAAGCUUCUUCCUUGACUCAUAAUGACUUUAAGGGAGGUGUUGCCCUAGAUGGAAAAGUUGAUCUGAGUAAAUGUGACCAACACAAAAGAACGGCUUCAAGUGGAGAGUCCAAAUUGGCCUUGCUAACCAACCCAAAAGACGAACCCGAGCACUCUCCACCCAGAGUUGCCUACUCUCAUUCCCCAACAUCCCCAAUGGUUGCUGGCGAGGCCGUUGUGGAAAAAGAUUCCCCCGAGUCUCCAUUUGAGGUCAUUGCUGACAGACUGGAAUUUGAUAAGGAAUUCAAAGAUGUCCUUGCGAGCAACUCCAAUGAUAUCGGUAGCAACUGGGUAAUGCACAGUGAAAGGGAGCUCCUCACGGACAUCCCAGAAGACAGCGUGUGUGAGUUUCAAGUGAAGCCGCGAGGCGGGAGCCGAAUUCCACCGGGACCUGGCCUUUCACGCCAGUCUUCAGGCACGACGGCAGCACUGGAAGAAGUGUCCAAAUGUGUCCGUGACUUGCACAGCUUCACGAGCGAGAUGCUCAACUGGGAUUUGAUUCCUAAGGAUCUGGAGGACAAGCCUGAUGACUUUGGCAGCUCGGGCUUCUUGCCAUCGCCUGCCCGAGAUUCAGAUGGUGUUGCUGCCGGGUCGGUGGGCGGCAAGGUGGAAGCGAGCAAAGCUUCCAGCCCUCACCAGCCCCUCAAAAUCAGCAUCCACCAAAAAGACAGCCCAUCUCCAGUGGAGAAGGAUGAGAAGCAGGCUGUGGUCGGUCGUGAGGUAUCUGUUGUGAAAGUCAUUCCCACCACCGCAGCAGAGCCAAAGGCAGAUGUCCGCUGGCCAAAUUCCAGCCUACCUGAAAUGGCUGAUGCUGACAGCUCUGGGGAGUCGGACGACACCGUCAUAGAAGAUGCUACUGUGAUUCCAGCCUCCCAAAAUGAGACUGCUGCAGAGAGCAGCAAGCCGCUCCCCAAGGCACUUGACUCUGUCAAGACAGCGGUUGUACAUGUAGAGGACAAAGGGAGCAAGCCACGGAAACCCAGCCCAGAAGGCGCAAUUCCACCCAAGGCCCUAGAAUGCAAUUGGGGAUCCAUUGAUGACUUUGAAGCUAUCCAGACCAAGACAAAUGUUCAUGGGGGGAGCCCAGUUGCUGCUCCUCUGCCGCCUAAACAGCCCUCUCCUGGCAUACCUCCUAAAGCGGGGCAGGAAUUGUGCACUUACAGACAGGACCUACUUGGGGAAAGGCCCAGGAUGGACCGCCUCCCCUUGGACAAUGUAAAAGAGGCUGUGUGCCCAGACUCCCUCAAUGGGGAGACCUUUAUGGGCUUCAUGAAGGAGUGCUUGAAAUCCAAAGGGAGCGAAUCUCCAGAUGACGCUGUUGAGACCUUCUCGGAAGCUGAGCUAAAUGCAGCAAGAUCCGAGGUGGCGGCUCCCCAUUCACAGCAGCCGCCAAAGGUGACUCAAGACUUUGAGCAAGAGCACCUCACCAUCAAGGCCCUCAAAGAAGUUGGCAGGAAGGCUGAGACGGAGAGGCAGCCGCUUCCACCAAGCAAAGUCUCCCUUCCCGGAGGGAGGCGUCCUGGGCAGUAUUGCGAGAUACCCCCAGACCCCCGAGGUCCUGUUCAGAAGUCUGCCUUGGAGAAGAGACCCCUCUGCCUUGAGCAAGCUGUGGACGUGAAGCUGGCUUCUGCCCCUGCUGCCCUUGGCGGACACGACAUUCCCAACAAAUCUUCCCAGGCCGCUCUUCCCGAGCCUUCUAUGCCACAUGCUUUUGCAAAAUUACUGGCUGAAUUUUCAGUGCGCGAUCUGGUCUUCUGGCGGGAUGUGAAGAAGACGGGCCUUGUCUUCAGCACCACACUGAUCUUGCUGCUCUCCCUGGCUGCUUUCAGCGUCAUCAGCGUCAUCUCGUACCUCAUCCUGGCACUCCUCUCCGUCACCAUCAGCUUCCGGGUCUACAAGUCUGUCAUUCAGGCUGUGCAGAAGUCUGAAGAGGGGCAUCCAUUCAAAGCCUACCUGGAUGUCGAUGUUGCACUCUCCUCUGAGGCUUUCCACAACUACGUCAGCGCUGCUAUGGGACACAUCAACCACGCCCUGAAACUCAUCAUGCGCCUCUUCCUGGUAGAAGACUUGGUGGAUUCGCUGAAGCUGGCAGUUGUCAUGUGGCUGAUGACGUACGUUGGUGCCAUCUUCAACGGGAUCACCCUCCUUAUCCUUGCGGAGUUGCUGGUUUUCAGCGUCCCUGUCGUUUAUGAGAAAUACAAGACUCAGAUUGACCAUUACGUUGGGAUUGCCCGGGAGCAGAUCAAGUCAGUUGUAACAAAGAUUCAAGCAAAGCUUCCUGGAGUUGUGAAGAAAAAGGCAGAAUAACCUUGCAAAGGAGCCAGGACUCAGCUGUUAACUAAAAUGAAACAAAAAAUACCCCUUGUGUCAUAGUUAUAACCAUUGUUACUUGUACCUAUGAAGGAACAUGCCGAAUCAGCUUGAUGUCUGCAUUCCAAGCUUACUGAUUAUGUUUUUAUAUAUAUAUAUAAAAAGAUUUUUAAAAAUCCACCCCCUCCCCAAACCCUAAACACUGGGUUCAGAAUGCACUGGACUAAACACGAACUGGUAUCAGAAGUUUAAAAGAGGGGAGGGGGCACCCUUUGGCUCCAUAGCAGCUCUGGAUGGAACAUUAUAGUAAGCCAUCAAAAAUGGGUGUUCCUUUUGAUGUUAAGAGAUGUGCUCUCUGCUCAACGGGACGUUAGCAUUUCUAAAACCAGCUUUGGUAGGCUGAAAUAGCUGCGAGGUGAAGGUAGUGUGUGCCUCUCUUCUUCCUUGUUCUCUCUUUUCCUCCUCCUCCUCCCCGCCUGCCCUCCUUAAUAUGACAGGAUUUGCUUCAGGUGCAAUGUUCCCUAGUUCCACUAAGGCAGUGUCUCUUACCAGGCUCAUCCAUCUUUCUGCCAUGGACUAACCGGCCUGAAUGAAGAGGGCAAGCUUGAGGAAGCUUCAAAAAUUACCCAGCCAGUACUUAUCUCCCACUCCCAGCGCAUGUACCCUCACUGAUGGAAAGGGGAAUUAUUCACACACACACACCUCAUCUCCCUUAAUGACAUCAGUUCUCUUUUAGUCUGGUUCAUCUUCUGCCUUCCUUACCACCACCCCCAGCCACAGAAAUCAGUUCCUUACCCCACCCUGAUUAAGAUUACUUCCCCCACCCCUUACUCUUAAAUGAAAAUGUCUGUAACUGCUGUACACUUUGCUGUAAAAAGCAAAACUCAAGCUGGCGAAAAACCGAGAGUUCUGCAUGUGAUGCCCCAGUCACUUUAUUUCCAGUCUAGGACGGGGGGCAGGGGCUGAGUUGCAGAGCACUGACACACCUUGACCCUGAUCUUUGUCCUCCUCCCCCUACCCCACCCCGUCCCACCCACCUUUGGGCUGGCGAGGAGCUGCAGUCUUCAAGGACAGCAGUUUCAGGGCAAGAGUUUGGGAUCCCUCUCUCACAAGCUAUGUCAUGUGUGUUUACAGUUUUAGAAAGAUGCUUGGGACUGGAGGAUUGUCUUUGAAGAGUCUUACAGUUUUUAAAAAGGCAUUUUGUUUGUUUGUUUGGGUUUUCAAAGGCUUCCUUAUUGGGAAGCAAAUCUCCCAUGAUUCCGUGAUGGUUUAUCACCCAAAGCUGCCACCUGCAGUCAACUCCCUCCUCUGGCAGUCUGCACCAAGUUAAGCCCAUUCCCCCCGGCGGGCACUGCUAAAUUGGUGGUGGUGCUGCUUUUGGAUGAAACGGGGGACCAUGCACAGCUGGAGGGGUGGGGGAUAAAUUUGAAAUUCAGGUUGGCCAAAGGGAGCCCACCUCCUGCCGAAGGCUGCGCGGGGGGGGGGGGGAGUCGAGUUGGCAGCUAAAAUGGAAGGGACCACCUUUUCUCCCCCAAGGUUGAUGGAUCUCAAGUGGAAGGCAGUUGGGGAAGGGCAACAUAUUUCUUAACAAAUCCUAGGAAGCCUGUGCUGCCCUCGGCCCCAGGGAACUUCCCAGGAUUGAUCAUCCCUCCGCCUAGUCCAGCUGUGUUUCAUCAGCCGCUACCUUUCCUGUUGUGAACAGAACAGCUGGGAGGUGGUGCUGAAAAUAGGCGUGAGCAGAGCAUCAGGCUGCUGUUUUUUGCACGCGCAAAAAUGGCUGCUACCGCCCAGCCCCGUAUUGCCUGUUCCCACUCUUUCCUUGCUUUGCAGACCUUGGUGCAAAGCUCCUGGAGGGCAUGCACCCACAGGGCCCUGCUGUACGCAAGUCUGGCAGAGAGACAAUAGGACCAUAAAUCAAUCCAACAAAUAGUUGCAUUGGCUUUUCUUUUUUUAUAAGACCCAAGCAAUUUGAGCUGAGUGUGUGUCUCUUUAAGGUGGAAUAGGAGCAGCAGACCUUAGUGAGAGGUGCAUGAGUGUCUGGUGUGCUUCUGCACUCCCCACCCCCCAGCCCAGCCUGAGUAGGCAUCUUGCACUGUCUUGUCCUGACUCCUCUUCUCUCCACUCCCACCCCCUUCGAAGACCUUUUCUCUGCACUGGAAGCCUUUGGCUCAGCUCUUCCAUCUGUUCUGUUAACUGCUGUGUUUGAAUACCGUGAACCGACCUCUUUGUGCCCGGCAGGCUUUUU